ACUAGUUUUAAUUUAACACUUAUUUUUUUUAUUCAUGAACGAAUCUAGGAAGGAAAUCAUCAUUUGAUGAGCUACCUAUGAAUGUCAUCACAGUUCAUUUUCCAUUCAAUGCUUUAAAAGUUUUCACUUCUCUUACACAUAGUCCUACAUUUUUGUCUUGCCUUGCCUUGGAGGUGUUGCCUCCUCUGCCCAGGACAUACCCUUCUUUUUAAUAUCUUCUCUCUUUUAAGGCCAACAUCUUUGUCUUUUUAGCAUUCCUUUCAUCUUAUUAAAAUGUGUUUUUUCAUUUUGAUUUACUCAGCAUGCAUUCUAAAUUUCUAUGUUUCCAGUUCUUCCCUCUCUUUUUAGUUUUUUGAGUUUCCUUGAAUUUUUUAAACUUGAAAAAUAGUUGUGCUCUCUCCUACUUUUGGGUUCAUUUGAUCAAUUGUUCUAGUGAGUUUCCACAAUAAAGCUUUUCCUUUAAACAAAAAAUUAAGAUGCUACCGGUACUCUUUUAGAUGGGUUUCUAUUGCAGUAGUGACCAUGGUUCAUGUGCACAUUAUAGUGUGUGUGCAAAUAUAUCAGCCUUUUUGGAAGUUUCCAAGAAUAUUUUCCUGCUUUAGUUUGUUUUUAUUCACUUAAUAUUAAUUUCCCUAAUUAUAUUGUGUUAAAUUUGCUAAUCUAUUUUUUUUUCUUUUCAUUCUUUUCAGUUUGAUGUUUUCAGCUUCUUAUGAGAUUUUUAAUAUUUUCAUUCAUUUUAUAGUAGGUUUGCUUUUGGAUGGCAAAGCAUCCAGUCAGUCAGACUGUAAUUUGGUCAAGCUUGAAAUUUCUAGCUGCUUCUUUAUAAUUCAGUGUUGUGUUUCUCUCUUUUCAUAUGAUUUUUUACCUCUUUUUCUUUGAUGUCUUAUUUCACAUUCCAAGCCUUUAUUGUUUAAAAGUUUGAAUAAAACUUUUCCACAUGAGAGGCAUGUAAUUAUUUGUGUUGUUUUUUCUGCCAUCACAUAUCUUGGGCUCUGCAUUGCAGUGAUUUGCAGCUGAGUUGAGGAAUUUCAUGCAAUUUUGGGGAUUGUUUCGUGAUCAUUUACUAUGGAAAACUUAAACUUUGUAGUUUAACUAUAGUGAUGGUUAUAUUAGAUCUUCACAUCUGGCCAAGCCAAACUACAAUUUGGUAGUUUAGACCUAUCUUCUUCUUUCUUCUAUGUCUUCAUUUUCUUCUUCUUUCUGAUUUCAUGAGCAAUGUUCUUAGGAAAAAUUAUGGAAAUUUAUUGUUUCAUUUAGCAAUGUUUCUAUUUCUAU